UACUUCUUCCUCCUUUUCCUUCUUCUACUUCCACUACCUUACCUCAAUGUCAUCUUCACAGCUAUGUGAAGCUUGUUACAGCUCUGGAAUGGCUUGUUGCACUCAUGAGUCUACUUGUCUGCGUUAUUCAUGCAUGGUUCCUCAUGUUUCUGAUUAUAUUAACCCUAAUGGGAUGUGGGUAUCUUCCUCCAGGCACAACCCUGGUGGUGGUGGUGGAUUACAGGAGUUUCAGUUCUUUGGACGCGACGAUACCGGCGACCGGUCACUUGGAUUGCCUCAUCAUCGCCAUCACAGUACAGCUCCAAUGGUAGAAACUCCAGGCAUCAAAUAUCAAAAGAACCCAUGUAGCAAUAUCCCCUUAACACUUGAUAUUUGGUCUAGCAACACCGGCUCUCCAGGCUCUCCUAUUACUGGAUCACGUCCCAUGGAUGUUCCAGUCAUGGGGCAGGUGGCAUCUAAUGCCUCUGCCGCUUCAUUCUGGGGAAGCAUAUUAACAGAUGCUGCUGCUUCCACUGAACUUGCAAAGGAGGUUAGUAACAAAGCAAUUUCUGGCAACGGUGGAGACAGUUCAGUAGACAGAGAAGCUAAGAUCUUGAGGUACAAAGAGAAGAAGGCAAUGAGGAACUAUGAGAAACAAGUUCGUUAUGAAUCAAGGAAGAAAUAUGCUGAAAUUAGGCCACGGGUUAGAGGUCGCUUUGCUAAGACUUCAGAAUCUGAGCAGCAAUCAGCACCUCCUGAGUACAAUAAUUCCAGCCACUGUGGUACUGGCUGGUUCAGUCUCAGUCCUUAGAUCAUUAACAUCACUUAAUAAGUGAAUAAAUCUCCUAGGCUUACUUAUGUUUGUGUCUGUUCUACUUUAGUUGAACCACAAUGUCCCUUUUCUUUA